UGAUGUGGCCGAACAGCCUCGGCGGUACUUCCGGCUGUAGCGGGGGCGCCGGCGCCACCGAUCUCGGGGGCCUCGCCGCCUCCACCACCUCGGCCUCCGAGCUUUUCGGGCCAGCCGCGUUCGGAGCAUCCGCGGCUGGCCCCUACGGUGCCCUCAAGACCAACCCUUACGUGAGCGCGUUGGGCAUGCCGCCGAUAGAGGCUCUACACUCCACCAUUGGCUACCCCGGUUGUACUCCCGCCGGUGAGUCCUACUACUGUAACCCGAGAAAGCAGCGAAGGGAACGGACGACGUUCACCCGUGCUCAGUUGGACGUUCUCGAGGGACUGUUCUCAAAGACGAAGUACCCGGACAUUUUCAUGCGGGAGGAAGUGGCGAUGAAGAUCAACCUUCCCGAAUCGAGGGUGCAGGUGUGGUUCAAGAAUCGCAGAGCCAAGUGCAGGCAGCAGCAGAAGCAACAGCAGCAACAACAGGACAAAGCUCCGAGGUCGAAGAAACCCUCGGGAAAUCCGACCAACAAUCCGCCCUCUGGAAAAAGUCCUUCGAUUGCUACCACGCCCACGCCUGCCGCGGCGGUGCCUGCCACAACACCCCUCAGCGGUGGCACAGGUGGUUCGGCGGCCAGCUCUCCGGCACUCCUGAGAGAUUCCCCUCAGUACAAACCACCGGGCAGCGCGACUAGUUUGCUUCUGACGGCCAGCACGACACCGCCGAGUUUAGGAGGGACGGUGUACAGCAGCGGAGGCAGUAAUAGUAGUAUCUGGAGUCCAGCUGUCACGGAGAGCGGAGGAGGAUUCCCAGGUGACCAUCAGAGGCUAGUGUCGUCGUGGACGACGACCACUUCUCAGCAGCAGUGCUACCAAAAUUAUCCUUAUUACACCAAUAUGGAUUACCUCUCGCCAGCCGCCCAUCAACUAAACGCUGUGGACGGAGGGAGUAGCGCCUUGGACAAUACAUGGAGCAAAACAAGGGACGAGAACACUUCAGCCUGGUAUUUCAACAGCGCCGGCUGGGUCGACAGAAAGUGAAUAGAUAACGAACGAUAAGGCUUCGGUACAUAUCAUCGAC